AUGUAUGACUUGGACGAACUCAUUCAGACUGUUUUCGAGGAUGUCCGAGACGGUGUGCCAAUCGUAGGCUCUAACUACUCUGACAACAUGCGCCAGUCCGACGCUUUCCCCUCCACCGAUACGCCUGCCAGCAACUAUUACGUCCAGGAUACCUACUCUCUUCCCACUUCUUUGCCGAACAGCAUAUCCUUCGGGGCGAUGUUCGUACCCGAUGAAAAUGGACAUCGUUGCCAGACCACCAUCACUCCGCAAACCUUUUCGCCAUUUCCAGACGGCUUGAGGCCCACCUUCCAUCAUGAGCCGCCUGCUGCCACCUCCUCAGAGUACUUUGUGGUAGCCCACGCGCCGCUGCCACCACCGCCCAUUGCCCACAUGAGUAGGAGGGCGGAAGACGACGGCCUGGGUUGGCACGUUUCCAAGUGUAGGAGAUUGGACGACAUGAACGUAGUGGAGAGGAUCCAUCCAUGUUCGGAACAUGCAGGACCUAGUGGGUUUCCAAGAACCCAUGACGACACCGAGGGCAAUGCCCUCAAACGUAACAACUAUUCAACAAGAACUUCCGAUGGCAAAGGAUUUUUCCCCGCCGUCGGUUUGGCCCCGGUAGCUGAACAGUCAUCCGCACAAGGGCUUUGGCCCACGAUGACAUCAAGCGUAGCCAUCCAGAGGCAUUCUGCACAGAUGCCAUAUGUGGCGACCAAGUACAGCGACUACCCUUUCACCUUUACACUCGGCUCACAGCCAGCGAGUGCGGCGUCAAGGGUUGACACACAGUUCAACUCCACGUCGAACACAACGACGGAAUACGAGUUAGGCUUCUCUGAACCCCCCUUCAUUGAAGAGCCGUUCGUUCAGGGACCAUCACAAGUACUGUCCUGGGGACUCGCCCAACAGCCCCCCCAGCGGCGCGCUCAGGCUCAUCGGGACGAGACGUCUUUCCAGGUCGCAGGGCCAUCACGAUUUCCGGGUUCCGAGCUGCCUUGGCCGGCCGGCGCUGCGGAGGACCAUGUCUUCCCAUCGUGUUGGACAUCUUUCGAGACCACUGGGUAUAGUCUCCAGUCCUCCUUGGCGCCUGUGGUCGAACAGCACUCCCAAGAUCAGCCAGUGGAACAGAGAUCAUUCUGCGCCCAGAGUCGACAGCAUUCCAGCCAGGCGCGUCGCACCAGUGCCUCAUCCCCCAGACCCCUCCCUAUCCCGGUCGCUGAGCUGUCAUUCAGUAGCGCCUCGCAAACGUCUACUUCGUCCUCUUCAAGAGCUAGGUCAUCGAAUCCUGCCCCGAAGAAGGGAAAGAAGAAGGCGGCUCAGAUGCCGUAUUUGCUGGCCAAGGUUAAAUGCCACCUGUGCAGAGAUGGCUUCAGAAGAGGAUCUGAGCUCCACACCCACUGGAAGACAAAUAAGCACCGUUUGCGAGUACUCGAGGCGGAGAACCCAGGGGUUAUAGUGACUGUAGCAGACUUGCCUCCGAACUGCGUCUGCCCGUCGUGCGGGAAUGGGUACACAACCCCGCAUGCGGUGAACCGACACUUGAAGACGUGCAGAGGCGGGAUCGAAUCGAGUGAGAGAGGAUCUCAGGAUGGAGAAGGAGGAAGCAAGGUUACUCGGGCCAGUCAUGUCGACUUUCUCGAGGCUGUUCCGCCCGCAGUCUGGAAUGAAAGUAGAGGAAUGAAGAUGAUCGAUGGGAGCGAAACCAUCGCAAGUCGGCGCAAGGGCAAGUCUCGGUCCCGUGACGGGAAAGUUGUGACGCGUCGCGUCGGCCUUGCCACUCUUUUCUCCAUUUUCUCCAUGUCGCCAACCACCAGUCUCCUCACCUCCGUCAAUUAUAUUUCCUCUGCCAACUUUCAUUUGGAUGACGAACCCCUAACCCUGGCCCUUACUGAAGCUAUCAAGCGACUCUUCGAAUCGGCAUGGCCCGAAACAGAAAUGGUGAGGGGGACAGGGUCUUUCAUGGCGAUCGAAUUCUUGAAUACCGAUCGAGGCCCUACUCAUCUUUACGGCUACUGGACUUCUGGGUCAUACACUGGGGGACAUACAUGGCUGCACUGUCACCCUGUUGACGCUGAGACCAUAGGCCCUAUGACCUACAGAGCGAAUUUGCCUGACGUGUCAUGGGAAUUACUCAACAGUCCUGCAGAAUCUGACAGUAUGAAACCCACGAAAGAGAGCAGAGAAAUUGUCGAUAUUGGCAAAUGA